AAUAAGUUCGUAACAAUUAUAAUUAACCAGUUUUUGACAUGACGCUCUGUAACCAGAAACUUAUUUAUAACUUAUUAUUGAUAUGCAGUUUUCUUAUCCAAUGUAAUUGUGAAGAAACCGACAUAGCAUUAGAUGCCAAAGCCAAUUUAACACAUCGAAUAGAUAGUUUAAAUUUAUUAAUAUAUACUAUUUUAUUAACAUUAACUGUUUUGACAAUAUGGUUAUUUAAACAUCGGAGGGUUAGCUGGCUGCACGAAACCGGUCUGGCUGUAAUAUAUGGGUUAAUUGUGGGAGCCGUCAUACGCUAUGCUGGUACAACUAGUCCAUUGAUACAUCUUGCUGUUACUCCCAGCAAUGAAAUGAAGUAUAACCAUAGUGUACCGCCAGACACGCUCUGGCUCAAGUUUCCAGGAAUAUUACAGCAUAUACAAGAUGUGCCGAGUACACAAAAUAAAACAUAUGCAUAUACAUUCAGAGGUGAAGUUGUAGAUAUAGAAGAAAAUGAAAUGGAUUUGAAAGCAACGUUUGAUCCAGAAAUUUUUUUUAAUAUUAUCUUGCCACCUAUAAUAUUUCAUGCAGGAUACUGCUUGAAGCGGAAGUAUUUUUUUCGAAACUUAGGUGCUAUUUUAACAUAUGCAAUUAUAGGAACAACUAUAUCUGCAUUCAUUAUUGGAGCUUUGAUGUAUGGCUGUGUUCAGCUGAUGCCUGAAAAAUUAAGCAACAGUUUUACAUUUUUAGAUACUUUAUAUUUUGGUGCAUUAAUUUCACCAACUGAUCCAUUAACAAUUUUAGCUAUAUUUAAUGAUCUUCAUGUAGAUGUAAAUUUAUAUGCACUAAUAUUUGGUGAAAGUGUGCUUAAUGAUGCUGUUGCAAUUGUUCUCAGUGGUGCUAUUCAAAAUUAUGGUGAACGAUAUUCAGAAGGAUCUGGAGCAUUUGAAACUCAUGCUUUUUUCAAAGCUAUGGGUGAUUUUUUUAGUAUAUUUAUGCUAUCUUUAUUAAUAGGAGCUAUGAUGGGAUGUGUAACAGCAUUGAUGACCAAAUUUACUAGGGUAAGAGAUUUUCCACUAUUGGAAUCAGCUUUAUUUGUAUUAAUGUCAUACAGCACAUUUUUGAUUGCUGAAGCUACGGAACUAACUGGUGUAGUUGCUGUGUUAUUCUGUGGAAUAUGUCAAGCACAUUACACUUACAAUAACUUAUCUGAGGACUCAAGAACAAGAACAAAACAAAUAUUUGAACUUCUAAAUUUUCUGGCUGAAAAUUUCAUUUUUUCAUAUAUUGGAGUAUCUAUGUUCACAUUUCCAAAACAUCAUUUUGAUCCAUGGUUUAUAAUGGCAGGAGUUCUUUGUGCAAUGAUAGGGCGAGCUGCAAAUAUAUAUCCUCUAUCUUUCUUGCUUAAUUUGGGAAGACAGCCAAAAAUCUCUUUUAACUAUCAACAUAUGCUGUUUUUUGCUGGUCUACGGGGGGCAAUGUCUUUUGCUUUGGCUAUAAGAAAUACUGUUUCUGAUGCUCGACAAGCCAUGUUGACUACAACUUCUCUUAUAGUGAUAGCUACAGUAAUAAUUCAAGGAGGGGCUACAAAUAACUUAUUAACAUGGUUCAAAAUUCCUGUUGGAGUUGAUGAUGAAACAGAAGCAUUGUCAUUUCAAGGAGUAAGAAGUGUCUACAACUCAAUGGAAAAUACUACUGGGUCUGUGGACAUGGGUUUGAAUCUCAAUGAAUUGCAAGUCAAUAGAAGAAGAAGUUCUUUGGAUUUGAGUGAUCUUCAGAACAGUCCCUCAGAACAAAAACAAAAUGAAAAGGCAGUUCUUGCUAGAGUCUGGGGAAAUCUGGACAGCAAAUAUAUGAAACCACUAUUAACUCAUUCUCGACCCACUCUAUUGGAUACUCUCCCGGUUUGCUGUAAUCCGAUCGCCAGGCUUUUGACAACUACUGAACAGAUGACACAGGAGGGUCCAUCUCGAAGAGGUGAUUCAGAUUCAGAUAUUUGUAUAGACGGACCUCAACAGUAUGACCAUGGUGAUCGAAGAACCAGUGCGCAGCGGAGCUCUGAAAUUAAAAUAAAACGUGUCCUGCUAUGAUUGUUAGCUUUUUAUUGAUUCAUAGCCAUAUAGUAGUUUUUAAAUUUGUAUUCAUGCUUAUGCAUUGAAAAGUAACAUUAUUGAUGGAGUGUUGACGUUAUGUAUCAGAAUGAUAA